GUGCGCUGAAGGGACAGUUAUUGCAGUUGCAACAGACAGCUGCCGGAUGAAUAAUCAAUGCUGUGAACAGCUGAGAGGAGUUUUAAAUCAAACGCAUUGAGCUAAAUGCGGAAUGUAUGCUGGUAGAUAGAGACAUAUUGUAAAAAUGGAUAAAAAGUUUGUAGCAGCAUCUGAGAAGAUUGACUGGGGAGAAAGUGAAGCGGAAGAGGGGAAGAUUAUGAAGAAGACCAAAACAUUAUCAAUGAAUGUCCACAUCGGUCUUCCUAAUCCAGUGGCAGGUCCUGUGAAAUGUUCCCUGAUAAAAGGAGACUAUAUGUACUUCCAUUAUGGCUGUGAUGGACAAGACGACAGGGGCUGGGGAUGUGGUUACCGUACCAUUCAGACAAUGGCUUCCUGGCUUUGCCAUAACUGGUUUCCACUUAAGGACAAACACAGACCUCCACCAAGCCUUCCGGAAAUACAGCAAGCCUUGGUCAUCAUGGGUGACAAACCAGGCUCGUUCUCAUGCUCCAGGGAGUGGAUAGGAACAUUUGAAGCCUCUCUGGUACUGGACUAUUUUUAUGACGUUCCCUGUAAAUUGGUGCACGUUAGAGGUGGAGGAGCAGAGCUGGAGCAUGUUGCAGUGGAAGAGCUCCAUCAGCACUUUGAGAAGUAUGGAUCUCCUGUCAUGAUGGGAGGGGACAGGGAUAACUCUUCUAAGGGGAUAUUAGGGGUGUGCACUGGACCCAACGGGAGCUACUUGUUAGUCGUUGAUCCUCACUACUAUGGCUGUCAGUUGGAGAAGACAGAGCUGCAGGGGCGGGGUUGGGUGACAUGGAAAAGAGUUUCAUCUCUGGAUCAGUCUUCAUUUUAUAAUCUGUGUAUGCCUCAGACUGCCAAAAAAUGACAGAAAUAUUCCUUUUUCAGACUUACAAAAUAAUAAUUAUUUGUGUGUUUAUAGAGGUAUGUGAUUUUCUUAUUUAGACACAAUGCAAAGUCUUUUAUUUGGACAGACUUGUGCUACAUUGUCAGCAUUUAUGAUUUAAAUGCUGACUUUUAAUUAUAGUGCCAUCCUGUGGAUGAAAUCAAUAAUUGCAAUGUAUUUGAAGAACAAAUUGAUAAAACAGUUAGAUUAUUGCUCCAUUAAACUCUGUUGAAUCUUCUCA